ACGCGCGUUUUAUGUGAGCGUAUAAAAAGAAAGGCAAAUCAAUGCCCUAAUUUUUGCCACUGCCGUCCAUUUUCUUUCUUCACAUUGUGCCGUGCUCUCUUUGGCUGCGUCUCAAGAGUUUCAUAGUAGAAACUGAAGAUAAAAAAUGGGUCGAGGAGAUGCAGCUGGUUCCAAGGGGAAGAAGAAGGGAUUGACAACAUUUACCAUUGACUGCGCCAAGCCCGUGGAGGACAAGAUCAUGGACAUUGCCUCUCUCGAAAAGUUCCUUCAAGAGAGGAUUAAGGUUGGUGGUAAACCUGGUGCUCUUGGCGACGCCGUCACUGUUUCACGUGAAAAGAGCAAAAUCACCGUUACUUCUGACAGCAACUUCUCCAAACGGUAUCUCAAGUACUUGACCAAAAAGUACUUGAAGAAACACAAUGUACGGGACUGGCUUAGAGUGAUUUCUUCUAACAAAGAUAGAAGUGUUUAUGAACUGAGGUACUUCAACAUUGCCGAGAAUGAAGGAGAGGAAGAAGAUUAAUUGUGCGUUGUUCAGCUUAUUCAUUUUAGAACCUUGUCAAAACCCUUUUCUCAUGUUAGAUUAUUUUUUGCCAAGUAUUGCUUGAGACAUGUUUUUUGCAUUAGUAGCAAUUUUACAAUUUUGUUCAUUUAAGAGUUGCGGCACCACUUUUGUUGGAAUGGAAAUAGAGUUCACUUGUUAUACUGUCAAGUACUGCCUUCGAUACAAUUCUAUUGUGGUAACUUUCCCUGGAUAUCUCUUGUUAUGGGUUCAAUGGUAAGGAUGAGAUUUGAAUCUAUGGUUCUAUGGGGUUGUGUGCCCAAACUUAUUACUAAUUAAGUCUUGUUCCCACAUUGUUUGGAACUUGAAGUAGGUUUAUCAAGUGAUGUUCAUUGUUCAAAGGGGCCAGUAGCUUGCUUAUUAAACUUACAUUUUUGCAUUAUG